UAUGGUCCGCGAUGCCAACCAGUGAGCUUUCGGAUGCACUCAACCCACACGUCGUACAAACACGGUCACGACCCUCCAACGCCUCCCCGCUGUACUCAGAUAGCCUCCAACCUGUCAUACAAAGACCACAGCAAUAUGUUCCCCAUAGGAGUGAGUUAGAACUUGCGAUUUCAGAGCCUCCGCCACAGGCUGCUGCCCCUCCAUCAUCUCCUCACAAUACCGUUGCACGCUCUCGAAAUGUUAAUUCGGGGGGUGUCCACGCUGUACAGGAACUCCUUCGACUUUUAACGAGCACCAAGGAAGCUCAGGAGAUAGAGCGCAAGCGUAGAGUUGCUUGGGAACAAGAGCAGGAAGCAAAGUAUGCGCUGAAGCAGGCAGAAAUGGAGCGUCGAAUGCUUGAAAUGCGCCAAGAGAUCGCCUCACUGAAGUCCGUCAUAGGCACUCAUGGCCCAACAUCAUCAUUCACAACUCCUAGCAACUCGGCAGCUGUAUCACAAUCCAGUUUUUCACCUCCAACAGUAGAGCAGCAACCCACGCCAAGCACAUCACCCCGUCCUACCCCAGUCUCUGUGACGAACUCGAGCUUCCAGGCGCAUUUAGCCAGUGUCUCGUCAGCACAGCCGUCGACCAGCCGAUUUCAAAGUGUUCAUCCAGAUGACAAUGUGUCAGAGGCUAAUGCUAUGGAGCUCCAUGCUCUGUCGCCGUCAUUCUCACCUCCAGCGAGGUUCAUAAGUGUCGAUCCUUCCUCAUCGCGCCAAGGUGGUGCGUCAAGCGCCAGGAAGAGACAAACUCCCGCGAGUGACGAGGAAGAGAGCAGUGACUCUAGCUCUGGUACACCCCCUGUACGCCCAUUAAAGCGUAGAAGUCACCACGAUACGCGAUGUCUAACAAUUCAGCAUGCUAUGCGCAAUCACAUUUUGCGUGUUAUGCAGGUCGAAUCGGACAAAGAACUACCAGACAGCCAUCCUGAAGGUACCUCACUUGGCUCUAACGAUCCCGUUCGCUUUGUCUGGGACAAAACGCCAAAGCAAUCAGUCCAUAACGGGCGCAUGAAGGCACGUGUCCUGAAAGACCUCAAAAUCAAUCGCACGUUAUAUAAGCACGUACCGGACAAAGAAUUCAACAAGAAAUCACUAGACUCUGUAUUCGACCAAGCAUUCGUAACCCUUAGGCAGAAGUUCAAGGCUCAAAGGGACGCUUCCAUUGCUCAAAUUCAAAGACAACGAGAAGAUGCGAAGUCAAUGAAAGCUAGAAGGCUAAGCAGAAAAAAGGGCAAACUGACCAAUCGAUCAGAAGCGCGAAACAGACUAGAGGCGUUCGAACAUAUAACAUUCGACGGAGCUUUUCAAGUCGAAUGCAUGUCUUCUGAAGAAUCAGAGGCUGAAGAAGACGCUCUGGGAAACCGCUCCAUAUUUUUGCGUGUCCGUGGGUUUCCGUGGCGGAGCACCCGCCUACAGCGAUUCUUCGACAUGCUUGAUGAAGAGGAGACCUUUGAUAAGACCCUAAAACCCAAACGUGGUACUGGAAGGAAAGAACGUUGCGCAGGUCCAAUGAAGGACGGUUUCCUCCUUCCUCCAAAAGGUGUCGCGAAUUGGAUGAUUAGUAGAAGAUGGAUGAAUCAGAUGCGGAUAUCACAAUGCGACGUCUUGGACCUUCUGAGGGACGCUGUAAUAGAUCCCCCUGGGUUCGACUGGAAUCAGUUCCGGGCGCUUGGAGACGAGAGCGAGGACGAGAUUCAGAACCACAUGGGACAUGCGAGCGGAAUGCAGGACUCGGCCCAACUGUAUAACCUUCAUUCUGAAAUUACUACCAGCACACCUACGACCCUUAGUAGCUCUUCUUUGCAUAAUGCUCUAGCACCCAUAUCAUAGCAUAUUUUUCCUUUAAAUUUAUCAAAGCCCAUUA